AUGGACUCUGCCACUCACACCGCUGCUACCGCCAGCCCAGCCCUGACCCUGGCCCCGGCUCCAGCUCUCGCGCAAGCCCCUCUGGCACUCCCUGGCCUAUUCAGCCCAACGCCCCUCCUCUCCUCUGGACAAGAGGUGAUUGGGAGUGAAAGAGGAGCUUGUCACUGGAGGCCCUGGCUGUCCUCCACAAAUGACCCUCCAAGGCAGACGAGGAAGCUGGUGGAUUUGGCGGAUGGUGGAGCAAUAGCUGCGGAGGUCACCAAGGCUGACUCCAAGUUCUGUCACCCCGUCAGGCUCUUCUGGCCUAAAUCCCGCUCCUUUGACUACUUGUACAGUGCUGGGGAGAUUUUACUGCAGAACUUCCCCGUCCAGGCCACCAUCAACCUGUAUGAGGACUCAGACAGCGAAGACGAGGAGGAAGAAGAGGAGGAGGAAGAGGAGGCAGAUGAAAAGGGGCCAGAAGGGUGUGCCAGGGUACCUGGGUCCACACCACACAAGGCCACAGCUCAUCCCCUUUGCCUGCCCCUGCCCUGUCCGAACUGA